AUGGACCCAAAGAAGUUGCAAUUUGAUUCAGUACGAAUUCGAACCCAUCGCCCUGGUUGCGAUGAGCGUUUCGAGGCUUUGGUUGCUCGUGUCACAGCCGAUUUUAUUGAUCAUUACGACGAAACCAAGGACCGCUGUUGGAUCGCAGAAGUGAGCGAUACUGGAGAAUUCCUUGGGUCAAUUAUGUUGGUUGAAGAUAGAAGCUCAACAUCGAUCAAGACGGCGAAACUUCGUCUGCUUCUUGUCGAAGACCGGGCUCGAGGAAUUGGGUUGGGUAAAAAGCUUGUUCAACAAAGUAUCGAGUUCGCAAGGAAAUCUGGAUAUGACCGGAUUGAGCUCUGGACACAAAGUGUGUUAACCGGCGCGAGACGAUUGUAUGAGGCUGAAGGAUUUCAGUUGGUCCGUGCCGGGGAUGGGCAUGAGAGCUGGAAGGGGCCUGGUACAGCUGAAAUAUGGGAGCUGAAACUAUAGUUACCUUGUUGUGCAGCGUAUUUACAGCUCCCUAGAUGCAUUGGG